AUGUCCUACAUGGAGCGGCUCCUGGCGCACUACACCGGCAAGAGCACCCUCGACGCCGAGACUCUAAAGACCUUGGCCGAGUCCGUGGAGAAGAUGAAGUCGCCUGGUGGACGACCGCGCACCGGCCCGGAGGGCGCGGUGACCGGGGCCGGCGCUGGUGCUGGUGCUGGUGCUGGCGCUGGUGCUGGUGGUGAAGCGGAUGUCACCAUGGAGCCGGACGUCGGCGCCGAGGUAGAGGUGCAAUCGCAGAGCUCCGACUCUUUCAAGGUUGACGAGAUAACGGUUCAGCCUCUGGAGAAUAACAUCACACAAGGACCUCUCCCCGAAGACCGCCAUGUUGACCUCCGAGCAGAUUACUCCGGCGAGUUCUCACACUGGAACUUCUCCAUGCGGAUAAAGCAAUGGAUUGAACAAUGUGUAAACGACGCCCCGGAUGGUCCAAAGACACAAUUCAAAGAAUAUUACCGCCCCGAAGAGCUCCAGUCCCCCUCCAACACAGUAGCCUCCCUCUCCUCCCUCCCGCCCCGCUAUGUAGCAGACUUCCUCGUCCAGGCCUUCUUCAACCAUGCCGAGACGAGCUACUUUUACGUCGAGCGCCACUGGCUCAUGGACAGGCUCGACCUCGUCUACGAGAACUCGGCCUCCCUGACGCGCCGCGACGUCGGCACCGUCUGCAUGAUCCUCAUCAUCUUCGCCAUCGGCACGCAGUACGCCUAUCUCGACUCCCGGAACGAGAGGGGCGGCCCUCCCAGCGCAGCCGCCGACUCGAGCCCCUUUUCCGAGGACACCAUUGGCAUCAUGUUUUACCAGCAGGCGUGCCGGCUUGUCCCCGACGUGAUUACUAUUUCGUCGCUGGAGAGCGUUCAGGCCUGUCUGCUCAUCGGUCUGUAUACGUUACCACUCGACGCCUCGGGGCUGUCGUACGUGUACUUGAACCUGGCGGUCAAGCUCGCGAUACAGAAUGGCAUGCAUCGGAAGCACCCCGGGGCUGCCAUCGAUCCUGUCAUCCGUGAGACGAGGAACCGUGUCUGGUGGACGGCCUACACAACGGAAAAGCGUAUUGGCAUAUUCCACGGCCGACCAGUAUCCAUUGCAGCAAGUGAUGUCGACGCCGAGCUCCCAGUCGACAGACCAGAGAUUUGGCCCGGCUCAGCACCGCCAAACACGGCACACAUGCUAGCAACCCUCCAGCUCAACAACGCCCUCAGCAGAAUAGCUCACCAAAUGUACGUCAUCCCCUACACCGAACCCCCCCUAUCUCCUUACACUGACAUCCAACCCAUAAGAUCCCUCUUCAAAACUUUCGAAAAGAACGAAAUCCCAGAAGGCAUGGCCAAGCUCGUCGAGAUGAAGGCUCAACUCCACAACUGGUGGAACAGCCUCCCGGAACCAACCUUCAUCAAGGACCCGACCACGGGCCCCGCCGUCUUCCGCCCGACAAUGCACCUGAGGCUAGAAUACUGUCUCGUCCGCAUGUUCGCCGGCCGCCCCUUCAUCUUCCCCCGCGAAUCGGCCCACCGCGGCAGCACAGCAAGCUCCUCCGGAUCCCCCGCAGACUCCGUCGCCGUUACAGUAGUCGCAGGAGGCCCUUCCUCCGGUGGUGCCGGCGCCGGCCGCGCCACAACAAGCAGCUCAAGCAGCAAAACAACACACCCGCGCGCCGUCCUCGUAGCAGACUGCGUCGACGCCGCCCUCCUCGUCGUGGAAACCUGCCGCCUCCUCCGCAACACAGUCGGCCUCGCCCGCGCCUCGUACACGGAAUUCUCCUCGUGCCGCGCCGCGCUGCUCGUCAUCAUCACGCAGUGCCUCCAAAAGAAGACGGACCGCCUCCGCGACGCCCUGCGGGAGGGCAUGGCCAUGCUGAGGGAGAUGUCGGCCGGCGGGGAAUCCGCGAAAUCGGAAAUGUCCCUCAUCGAGGCCUUUGAGCGCGCGAUUUCGAGGCUAGAUAUGGCAGACGAGAGUAACGGUGGCGGGGCUGGCGGUAGCGGUGGCGCGUCCGGGGUGAAGGAGUCUGAUUACGCGAGGUUCAAAAAGUGGGAGAUGUUGUGGAAGACGGAUACGCCUGCGCAGGGGCAGGGGCAGGGUGGUGAUGCGAGGAGCGAGAGGGACGGUCUUGAUGGCGCGGGGCUGCCGAUUCCGCCGCAUCCUGCGGGCAUAUGGCGGGGUGGAGGACACGGGCACUCUGGGGGCGGAGGAGGACAUGUUCCUCCCGGCGCGGGCAGGCAGGGUACGGCGUCGUUGCCGCCGGCGAUGCCGUUCUUCGGACUCGAUGGGAGUCUGUCGCCUAUGCCGCCUGCGCUCGACGAGUUUUCGGCCAUGUUCGGGAACGGAUACGUGCCGGGCUUCGAAGGUAUGGGCGGAAGUGUAAACGGGAACUGGAUGGGUCUUUGA